AUGUCAGUGGUGACUGUAACGCCUUCAAUGAUGUCAGAGGUGGCUGUAACGCCAUCAAUGAUGUCAGUGGUGACUGUACCGCCACCAAUGAUGUCGGUGGUGACUGUACCGCCACUAAUGAUGUCAGUGGUGACUGUACCGCCACCAAUGAUGUCGGUGGUGACUGUACCGCCACCAAUGAUGUCAGUGGUGACUGUAACGCCUCCAAUGAUGUCAGAGGUGACUGUAACGCCUCCAAUGAUGUCAGUGGUGACUGUAACGCCUCCAAUGAUGUCAGUGGUAACUGUAACGCCUCCAAUGAUGUCAAUGGUGGCUGUAACGCCACCAAUGAUGUCAGAGGUGGCUGUAACGCCUCCAAUGAUGUCGGUGGUGACUGUACCGUCACCAAUGAUGUCAGUGGUGGCUGUAACGCCUCCAAUGAUGUCAGAGGUGACUGUAACGCCUCCAAUGAUGUCAGUGGUGACUGUAACGCCUCCAAUGAUGUCAGUGGUAACUGUAACGCCUCCAAUGAUGUCAGUGGUGGCUGUAACGCCACCAAUGAUGUCAGUGGUGGCUGUAACGCCUCCAAUGAUGUCAGUGGUGACUGUAACGCCUCCAAUGAUGUCAAUGGUGGCUGUAACGCCUCCAAUGAUGUCAGUGGUGACUGUAACGCCUCCAGUGAUGUCAAUGGUGGCUGUAACGCCUCCAAUGAUGUCAGCGGUGGCUGUAACGCCUCCAAUGAUGUCAGUGGUGGCUGUAACGCCUCCAAUGAUGUCAGCGGUGGCUGUAACGCCUCCAAUGAUGUCAGCGGUGGCUGUAACGCCAUCAAUGAUGUCAAUGGUGGCUGUAACGCCUCCAAUGAUGUCAGCGGUGGCUGUAACGCCAUCAAUGAUGUCAGCGGUGGCUGUAACGCCUCCAAUGAUGUCAGCGGUGGCUGCAACGCCUCCAAUGAUGUCAGUGGUGGCUGUAACGCCUCCAAUGAUGUCAGUGGUGGCUGUAACGCCUCCAAUGAUGUCAGUGGUGACUGUACCGCCACCAAUGAUGUCAGCGGUGGCUGUAACGCCAUCAAUGAUGUCAGCGGUGACUCUGUAA